AUGGCGCGAACCCAUGAGCUAUCCUAUAGUUCGGCGGCAUCGGGGGCCCCAUUUAGGGGCGGGGGUCUACCGCCAGCUGCGUCCAUUUCCCCGCCGUGCGUUGUCAAGAUGCGGCCAUCGGGCGCUGCUGUGGGAAGCGAGGGCGAGCGGAGGAAAAAGGCUUAUGCUCCUUCGACAACGUCUCCGUCCCCACGCAACACCUGCGCCACCCGCAGUUCUUCGCCUGGCGUGAGCGUUAGGCGACGUCCGCGUCUGCUUGCGGUGAUGAAAAACAUGGGUUCCUUCUAUGCGGAGAUGGCCGAACAGCUGGUGUCAACAGGCGAGUGGGAGAGCGUCCUAGUCACGCGUUCCUGCACGGGUAGUGAGCUGGUGGUCGCCUCCCACGGGCGUCCGCUGCGGCUUGAGCACGUCACGCUCCUCCUCGGCGAAAAGAUUCCGGCAGAGAAGUUUGUUGCGUCGCGUCGCCUCCUGACCGAGCGAGACGAUAAGCAUCGUGGUGGGCGGCGUGCCAGAGACGUAGAUGGCCCGAGAAAUGUCGAUGUGCUUUGUGUUGUAAAUUGUGUGGAGAAGCUGCGCUGCAUCACGCUCAAGGGGAGCAUGGUGUCUACCCUGCUCGCGUACCACUCGGAGUCAUGGGAGGAGUUGGGCGACUACUUGCCGGUGACGUUUCAAGUCAUUCCCAGGAAGCCCAGGCUUGAUGAACGCAGGAUGUUGCUGGCGACACUGCGGAAGAGGUCUAGGCGUGACGCCCUGUGGAUAGCGAAGAGCUCCUCCGGGUGCCAUGGGGAUGGCGUGGAAAUAUUUCGUAACGACGAAAAGAGUGUGAUUAAAAUGCUCAACUACAUAGAUGGCCAGAAGGAGUCGCAUAUGUGGGUGGUACAGUGCUACAUUGAUCGCCCGCUGCUUUACCACCGCCGCAAGUUUGACCUGCGCUUUUGGGUUCUCCUUUGCGCCGACCGGUACGAAAUAUACGUCUACAAGCAACUGGUGAUGCGCAUGAGCAGCGUCGAGUACAGCCCGCAGAGCGCCACCUCAAGGACCGCAGUGGGACGCCUGGCACACAUUACGAAUCAUUGCGUACAGGCCCAGGGCAAAGUUUUCGAGGCCUUUGAGGAAGGCAAUGAGUUGUGGGGUCAACACCUUGACGCCGUCGUUCGCUACAAGGGCAAAAGGUUGCUGAAGAAGGGAAUUAUGCACGACGGCGCCAAUCCCCACCUGGAGCCCAGCUUAGUAAGCACUAUACUUCCACAAAUUUACCAUAUCGCCGUAGAAACCCUCCUGGCCGCUCGGAGAUCCAUUCCGACUGGGCGGUCGCCAUACAUGACGCCGUGCUUUCAGCUCUUUGGUUACGACUUUUUGCUUGACGAGUGGCUGCGAGCAUGGCUGUUGGAGAUAAACGGCGCCCCAGGCGUUGCAGACCGGUUGCUGCCGGCGCUAGUGGCAGACACCAUUGAGAUUGCGUUGACGCCGUUCUUCCCAAACACCACGAAGGCCGCAAUCCAGCGAAGCGGGAUCACCCAAGGUAAUGGGUACGUGAAGGUUUACCCGUAG